CACUAGUUUGUUAUAGUAAUCCGCAUAUCAUCCCUUUGAUGGCUCCUAAAAAGCAACAACAAGCCUCGGCUAGUCCCAGUGGUGCUGCUGCUGACAUGGUUAACCCUCGGACCAAGAAUAAGGCGCUCAAGGACCAGUUGGCGAACCUUAAUCGCAUGAUGAAGUCUGAUUCGAAGCAGCUGGCUGAUCUUACUAAGGAGGUUGAGGAGCUCCGCAGUGCUGUCAAGGAGUUGAUGAAAUUGAGUAAGCGCGAGGGCCAGAAGCCGACCAAGACAGAGCUGGAUAAGGUGAUCCCUGAGGGGGUCCGUGAAGAGGUCGUUGACGCGGCUUAUGCUCCGACUCGUUCCGCAAGUGAGGAGCGCUCGCAGCAGCAGAGUAAGGGUGGGAAUAAGAACAGCAGGGUAGCCGCUUCUACUGGGACUCGGGUACAGCAGCAACAAGGGCAGAACAAUAGACGUAGUAAUAAGUCUAAAGCUGUUGCUGAGACUCAGUUGAAGAGUAUGUUGGGUAUGGCCUCUGCCCCUCCACAAGGACGGCGUCAGCAGCAAGGCAGCAGGAAUGGUCAUAAGAAGGGAGCUGAGGCGGCUCCUCAUGAUAACGACUUGGCUCAAUCUAUUCGAGAGAAGCUCCGACGCGCCAGUACCAAGGAGGAGGUCCGAGCUGCUACGAAUAUGGCGAGAGCAUUGGGGAUGACCCAUGAGGCCGGUCUUGGUGAUCGAAAGCUGAAGACACUAGCAUGAGUGCCGCUAUGUAUCCAAUGCCACUGCUGUCCUGUCAUUUCCUUGAAGUGGUGGAUGCCACCGUACCAACGACAAUUCUCGGGAGUAUUAGUACCAUCCUAGUCGCAGUGAUGGAAGCAUUUUCUUGUCU